AUGGAAGUGGUCUCCACAUCAGUUGGCAACUUUACUGUUGAUCUUUUCAACAAGCUGAAUGAGAACAACAAGGGAAAAAACAUUUUCUUCUCCCCUUGGAGCAUAUCAGCAGCUCUGGCUCUGACAUACCUGGGAGCAAAAGGACCUACAGCAACUGAGAUGGCAGAGGUCCUUCAUUUCAACGUGGGAGCAGGAGCUGAAGCUGCUUCUUCUGUGGCGAGACCUUCUCGGGGGAGACCAAAGAGAAGAAAAUUGGAUCCUGAGAACAAGCAAACUGCAGAUAUUCAUUCUAGCUUCAAGAAGCUCCUGACUGCCAUCAACAAACCCAGAAGCACCUACUCCCUGAAAAGUGCCAACCGCAUUUACGUGGAAAAAACCUUCCUAUUAUUGCCUACAUACAUACAGCUCAGUAAGAACUACUAUGAAGCAGAGCCACAGAAGGUUAACUUUAAGACAGCACCAGAACAGACAGGAAAGGAAAUCAACACUUGGGUUGAAAAACAAACUGAGGGCAAAAUCAAGAAUUUGCUGGGUCCACGAGAUGUGACAAACUCCACCAAGCUGAUCCUGAUAAAUGCCAUUUACUUCAAGGCAGAAUGGGAAGUGAAAUUUAGGGCAGAAGAUACAGAACUGCAACCCUUCCGACUGAGCAAGAACAAGACCAAGCCUGUAAAGAUGAUGUACAUGAGAAAAACAUUUCCAGUCCUCAUCAUGGAAGCAAUGAAUUUCAAAAUGAUUGAGCUGCCAUAUGUGAAACGUGAACUCAGUAUGUUCAUCCUCCUUCCUGAUGACAUCAAAGACAACACUACGGGUCUCGAACAGCUGGAAAGAGAACUGACAUAUGAGAAGCUGUCCAAAUGGACUGACUCCAAGAAGAUAACCGAGACUCUUGUGGACCUGUACCUACCUAAAUUCGAAAUGGAAGAGAGAUAUGACCUCAGCGAUAAUCUGAUCAGGAUGGGAAUGCGCAGUGCCUUCAGCAGCAAUGCUGAUUUCAGUGGAAUGACAGAGAAGGAUAGAGUGAUGAUCUCCAAGGUUUUCCACAAGUCUUUUGUUGCAGUUGAUGAGAAGGGCACUGAGGCAGCUGCUGCUACUGCUGUCCUUGUAGAACUAACAAGUGCACGUGAUAGCCAUGUUCUGAAAUUUAGGGUUGACCACCCUUUCUACUUCUUCAUCAGACACAACAAGUCCAAGAGCAUCCUUUUUUUUGGUAGAUUCUGCUCUCCUCUAGAAUGA